UAGACAGAGCCAGAGCGCGUACCCGCAGCUCCUGCGCGCACACGCACACACAUAUGGUGCUAGUUGAGCUCGCAGCACCGGAGGCAGCAGAGGAAGAAGCCGCGCGCGUGCCUACAAGGUCCGCGGAGAAAAGGUUUUAUGUCCCAAUUAGACUAAACUGGGACCAGAAGUGAGAGUUAAAGAAAGGAGAAAGCAGCCCAGAGGAGCAAAGGGGGAUCUGAGGAGCUGAGGAGCCUGGAGGGUCUCCUUAUCGUGGAUACAUCUGCUGAAUUCUUCUUCCAGUAAGGCAGUUUGGAGCAAGGAGCUGUGGCUGAUCUACAGCAAUGCACCGUUUAAGGACUACAGUUGCAAGGCUCCGGCCUUUAACAGCUGCACAGACGGCCCAGAGUCUGUCGCAGACCAGGCUGACAGUGCUCGAUGGCGGCAUAAGGACGUUUCAGCCUGCAAGGCGCCUGAAUGCGUCUGUGGCUGCUGAGCCCUUCCUGAAUGGAACCAGCUCAAACUAUGUUGAAGAGAUGUACUACGCAUGGCUUGAAAAUCCAAAGAAUGUGCACAAGUCCUGGGAUAUAUUUUUUCGCAAUGCUAACGCCGGGGCUCCACCUGGUUUGGCCUACCAGAGCCCUCCACCACUCAGUGGACUUUCUAAGGAACACACCAGUGUCCAGGCACUGGUGGGGGUUCAGCCUAAUGUGGAGAAGCUGGUGAAGGAUCACCUAGCAGUGCAGUCGCUGAUUCGAGCCUACCAGGUUCGAGGCCAUCACAUAGCGAAGUUGGACCCCCUGGGUAUCAGCUGUGUAGACUUCGAUGAUGCCCCUUGCACCAUUGGUUUCCAGAAUGUUGGUUUGUAUGGACUGGCUGACAGCGACCUGGACAAGGUGUUCCGGCUUCCCACCACCACCUUCAUUGGAGGCAAUGAGACUGCGUUGCCGCUCAGAGAAAUUAUUCGCCGCCUUGAGACGGCCUACUGUCAGCAUAUCGGGGUAGAGUUCAUGUUCAUUAAUGACGUGGAGCAGUGCAGGUGGAUCAGACAGAAGUUUGAAACACCAGGAAUCAUGCAGUUCAACUCGGAAGAGAAAAGGACUCUUCUGGGCAGAAUGAUCCGAUCCACCAGGUUUGAGGAAUUUCUGCAGAGGAAAUGGUCCUCUGAGAAACGAUUUGGCCUGGAAGGCUGUGAGUCACUCAUCCCGGCCCUCAAGGCCAUCAUCGACAAGUCCAGCCAGAGCGGAGUGGAGAGCGUGAUCAUGGGAAUGCCUCACAGGGGCAGGCUGAAUGUGCUUGCUAAUGUAAUCCGCAAAGAUCUGGACCAGAUUUUCUGCCAGUUUGACUCCAAGUUGGAGGCUGCAGACGAAGGUUCUGGUGAUGUGAAGUAUCACCUGGGAAUGUAUCACAGGAGGAUGAACAGGGUCAGUGACAGGCACAUCACAAUGUCACUCAUGGCAAACCCAUCCCACCUGGAGGCUGUGGACCCAGUGGUGCAGGGGAAGACCAAAGCUGAGCAGUUCUACUCUGGAGACACUGAUGGCAAGAGGGUAAUGUCCAUUCUGCUUCAUGGUGAUGCUGCGUUUGCAGGCCAGGGUAUUGUGUACGAGACAUUCCACCUGUCAGACCUGCCGUCCUACACCACCCAUGGCACCAUACACGUGGUGGUAAACAACCAGAUUGGUUUCACCACAGAUCCCAGGAUGGCACGUUCAUCUCCCUACCCUACAGACGUAGCUCGGGUGGUCAACGCCCCCAUCUUUCACGUUAACUCUGAUGACCCAGAGGCUGUGAUGUAUGUGUGCAACGUAGCAGCCGAGUGGAGAAACACAUUCCACAAAGAUGUCGUCGUAGACCUGGUGUGUUACAGACGUAACGGCCAUAAUGAGAUGGACGAGCCCAUGUUCACCCAGCCACUGAUGUACAAGCAGAUCAAGAGGCAGAAAGGGGUCCUGCAGAAGUUUGCUGAGAAACUCAUAGCUGAAGGGGUGGUCACAGCACAAGAUUAUGAGGAGGAAGUUGCGAGCUAUGAUAAAAUCUGUGAAGAUGCAUACGCUCGUUCCAAAGAUGAGAAGAUUCUCCACACCAAGCACUGGCUAGACUCCCCCUGGCCUGGUUUUUUCACCCUGGAGGGUCAGCCUAAAACUAUGACCUGCCCUUCCACCGGCAUCAGCGAAGACGAGCUCAACCACAUUGGAAACAUCGCAGCUUCUGUCCCAGAGGAAAACUUCACCAUACAUGGAGGGUUAAGCCGUAUCCUGAAGGGACGUGCAAACAUGGUGACCCAGCGGGUCUGUGACUGGGCUCUCGGGGAGUAUAUGGCCUUCGGCUCUCUGCUCAAAGAAGGGAUCCAUGUACGUCUCAGUGGGCAGGAUGUGGAGAGGGGCACAUUCAGCCAUCGACACCAUGUUCUUCAUGACCAGAAUGUUGAUAAGAAAAUCUGCAUCCCAAUGAACUACAUCUCACCGGAUCAGGCUCCUUAUACCGUCUGCAACAGCAGUCUCUCUGAGUAUGGAGUUCUAGGUUUUGAGCUAGGCUUUGCCAUGGCCAGUCCCAGUGCUCUGGUUCUGUGGGAGGCCCAGUUUGGGGACUUUCACAACACAGCUCAGUGCAUCAUUGAUCAGUUUAUCAGCCCAGGACAAGCCAAGUGGGUCAGACAGAACGGCAUUGUGCUGCUGCUUCCUCAUGGCAUGGAAGGGAUGGGUCCAGAACAUUCGUCCGCCCGUCCUGAAAGGUUUCUACAGAUGUGCAAUGAUGACCAAGAUAUUUUCCCCAUACUGUCAGAAGACUUUGCAGUGAAUCAACUUCACGAUUGUAACUGGAUUGUGGUCAACUGUUCUACUCCUGCAAACUACUUCCACGUUCUCCGCAGACAGAUCCUGCUUCCUUUCAGGAAGCCUCUGGUGGUGUUCACUCCAAAGUCCCUGUUGCGCCAUCCUGAAGCCAAGUCCAGCUUUGAUGACAUGCUGCCAGGCACCCAUUUCAAGCGCCUCAUCCCAGAUGAUGGACCUGCAGCCAUCAGCCCAGAGAAGGUGAAGAGAGUCAUUUUCUGCACUGGCAAGAUUUACUAUGAACUGAUCCGGGAUCGCAAGAACAGAGGCAUGGAUGAUGCUGUAGCUAUUGUCCGCAUUGAACAGCUAUCGCCGUUUCCAUUUGAUCUUGUAAAGGUAGAGACCGAUCGCUACCUGAAUGCUGAUUUGGUCUGGUGUCAGGAAGAGCAUAAGAAUCAGGGUUACUAUGACUACCUCAAGCCUCGCAUCAGUACCACCGUCAGCAGUGCUCGUCCUGUCUGGUACGCCGGUCGGGAACCUGCAGCUGCUCCAGCUACUGGCAACAAGCAGACUCACCUCACAGAGCUGCAGCGUUUGCUGGAUACAGCAUUCGAUCUGGAUGCUUUCUCAGGGAAAGUCUAACAUCUCAUCUGCAUACCCUUCCCCACAUGGACUGGACCUGCUCACAGGAUUUCUGGACCCAGAAACGGGAUUUACUGUGUGAUAAUGUUUUGCACAAAUCUUCAGAUAAAAGGUGCCAAAUAACUUUUGACACUGUUACCAUGAAGACCUCAUGUUCAGAAUAAUGAGCACUAUUUAAUUUCAUGUUCUACAAAAUCAUCGCAAGUUUAAUCUAUUUUUAUUAAACUGAGAAUACUCCACCUGUUUUGCUCUUACUUCAACCAAUAAAAUGGGCUAGUACAUCAAUUAUCACAUAGGGAUUAAUCAGGACAUUAAGGGAAGAGGUUUGUCAUUAGCUAAUGUAAGUCAAGCAGCUAGCGUAGCUUAGCACAAACAAUUUAAAUGUGUGAAAACAGCUUCUGCAUCAACAUGAUUAGUCAUGAUUUGACAGGGAACUGGAGACAUAUUAGAGCUUUAAUUAAUACUCACAGCAGUGUCUCCGAACUGUAGUUGCAGGGAAACCAUAUGAGAACACAUCUAUUAAAAAACACAGCGUAAGAAUAAGAUUGAGACAAGCUAGCUGCAUGAUUUCAGAUCAUAGUAAAGAUCAGCAGGGUAAAUGAAGCAAAAUUCUGGAGAAUAAAAGUCUUUGAACCUAUAGGUUCAACAGGUUUCUGCACUUUUUUCUUAUUUAAACAGGGAAUUUUUUAUUUGCGUGUUUUAGAGGGAAGUCAGCUACCUCAGACUUCAUAUGCAUAUAUUUUCUGUUAAUUCUUAAAUCUUAUUGUCUUGUUCAUUCAGCUUAUUAAUACAUCACUAUCGAUGUCCAUUUGUGCCAAAUAUAGGUUACUUGAAAUUAGUUGAAUUUUAAUAAAAAAUAAAUAAAUUUGCCAGCAGUGGCAGAAACCUUUACAAACACACAAAGGCUGAACUGGAGCUGAAUAAUGUAUUUAUUUUCAUAUGGUAAAGCAUGUUUUAUUGUUUUAAACAAAUAAAGGUUGCUGAACACAGCUAUUGACGAAACC